AUGGAGGACGUAGUUGUCCAAUCCGUGGUUCGCCUCCCAUCGCCCCCCCCCCCCCAAACUGCAAACAGCAAGCGCAAAUGGUCACCAUCCUCGACGUCUCCAUCUCCUCGUCGCUAUCGCUCUCCUCCGCGAGGUCCAGCUCGUGGGGGCCCAUCUCUUCCUGAUAUCGAUCCCCAACGCGCCAUGGAACGCGAGCGACAACUCGCCGAGCGAAUGCGUCAGCGGGAAACGGAGAAGGAAAAGGAGCAGGAAAAGCCAAAGCUCGACCCGAAAGCCGAAUAUGAGAAGCUCCUGUCCAUGAGAUCUGGUGGUACAUAUAUCCCACCCGCCCGUCUGCGCGCUUUGCAGGCACAGAUUACCGACAAGAACUCAAAGGAAUAUCAGCGUAUGGCGUGGGAAGCUCUGAAGAAGAGUAUCAACGGGUUGAUCAAUAAGGUUAAUGUUUCGAACAUCAAACACAUCGUUCCGGAGCUUUUUGGAGAAAAUUUGAUCCGUGGAAGGGGGCUUUACUGUAGAUCGAUCAUGAAGGCACAGGCUGCAUCUUUGCCAUUCACCGCUAUUUACGCUGCUAUGACCGCCAUUGUCAAUACGAAAUUGCCCCAAGUUGGUGAAUUGUUGUUAAACAGGCUGGUGGUUCAAUUUCGAAAAGCGUUCAAAAGAAACGACAAAGCAGUGUGUCUUAGCAGCACUACAUUCAUUGCUCAUCUCUGCAAUCAGCAGGUCGCCAACGAAAUUUUAGCCAUUGAAAUUCUUAUGCUGCUCCUGGACAAACCGACCGACGGUUCCGUGGAGAUUGCCGUAGGCUUAAUGCGGGAAGUUGGUGCUCAUCUUGAACAGAUGUCACCCCCGGCAAACAACGCCGUUUACGAACAGUUCAGAACCAUUCUUCACGAGGCUAGUAUCGAUAAGCGCUCUCAGUACAUGGUUGAGGUUUUGUUCCAAGUGCGCAAGGACAAAUACAAGGAUCAUCCUAUUAUAAGGGAAGAACUUGAUCUAGUCGAGGAGGAGGACCAAAUAACUCACAGGACCGAGCUUGACGAUGAGAUCGACACAGCUGACGGUUUGAAUGUGUUUAAAUUUGAUCCUGACUGGGAGGAACACGAGGAACUUUAUAGAAAGACGAAGGCUGAGAUUUUGGGGGAAGGUAGCGAGGGUGAAAGUGAUGAGGAAGAGGAUGAUGAUAGUAGCGAUGAAGAAGACGAGGAAAAACAAGAGGACAAAAAAAUCGAGAUCCAAGAUCAGACCAAUACAAAUCUGGUCAAUCUACGAAGAACGAUUUACCUUACUAUAAUGUCUUCGAUUGAUUUUGAGGAAUGUUGUCACAAGCUUAUGAAGAUUACGCUUCCACCUGGGUUGGAGAAAGAACUUUGCUUGAUGGUCAUUGAAUGUUGCUCCCAGGAACGUACAUACAGCAAAUUCUACGGCUUGAUUGGCGAACGGUUUGCAAAGUUGAAUCGACUUUGGACCGAACUAUUUGAGGACUGUUUCCGAACGUAUUACGAUACGAUCCAUAGGUAUGAAACUAACCGUCUACGUAAUAUCGCCCGAUUUUUUGGACAUCAGCUGUCCAGCGAUGCUCUGGGUUGGCAUGUCCUCUCCGUUGUUCACAUAAACGAAGAGGAGACCACUUCAUCGUCACGUAUAUUUGCCAAGAUUCUUUUCCAGGACUUAGCAGAAUGUAUGGGGAUGAAGAAGUUGCAAGAACGAUUAAAGGACCCUUUCCUUCAGGACGCAUACACCGGACUUUUCCCUAAAGACAAUCCUAGGAACACUAGAUUUUCUAUCAACUACUUUACUAGUAUCGGUAUGGGUGGUGUUACCGAAGACAUGAGGGAGCACCUCAAGAACAACGUCGAAGCUCAAGCGGCUAUUGCUCCGCCGCCACCAGCCAGAGAUGUGUCGGAUACCAGCUCAGAUCAUAUGACAGUCGAUCAAGGAGCCGGAGUAGAGGGAGAACUUCUAAAGGGAAAGGCAAGGCAAGAAGCUACACACGAUCUCUUAGUGGAAGCGACCGCAGCCGGAGUCCUAGCCGGAGUCGAAGCCGCAGCCAUAGCCUCAGCAAGAGUUAUGAUUCUUACUCACAUCGAGGCCGCAGCUACUCUUCAGCCAGUCGCAGCCCUUCACAUUCCAGCAGAUCACCGACUCCAAAACGCUCCGUCAAGAGCAGAAAGGACAGCUAUUCCCCGCCACCGCGAAGCAGACGGCGAAGCCCCACUCCAGGUGACAGUAGAAGUAGAAGCCGGAGUCCAACGCCAGUUCGCAGCCCUACUAGGGAAAGGGAUUCAGGGAAAUGGGAUCGUUAUGACGGCAGAAGGGGUAGGGAAGAUAAUUAUCGGAGAAGUGGUGGAAGAGACAGGGGUCAUCCAAGGUACGGGAGAGAUAGUGAUGCUAGGAGAAGAAAUGAAGGACCUGCUGCGGAAACUAGUGAACAAGGUGGAAGAGGGGCAGGGAGAGUUAGAGCUGCCGACUUCUUGUGAGUAG